AAUUCAUUAGACAAUACCCAGUCCCUUCAGGAUACUACGUCUGGAAAGGUUUCAAGUGUUCUUAGGGAUAUUUUAAAUCAGGAAAGUUUGGUGCGUCUCUCUAUGAUACAGAAAAUUCAAAUAUUAAUGAUGGAUGUCAUAGGCAACAGAAAUAUAACUGAAAUUUUGAUGAAAAAGCUGGAUGUCAUGACAGAAAAAAUUCAUGUCUUAGACAAAAAACAGAGGAAAACUGAAGAGGAGAAUACAAGAUUUAAGGAGGAAUUAAAAUUUUUACGUUCCACAAUAGGUGUCACUAGAAAUUCUACAGAUGACAAUGUGUUACACUUAAAUGAGACAGAAAUGCCAAUAAUGAAGAAGCAAACUUCGUCUCCACAGAGACAAAAACACCAAUUAACUCGGGAAAAUAUAGAAAUAAGAGCACACAUGGAGGGUUUUAUUGAAAAAUACAUAGCGGAACGAAUCGGGGAACUUGAAUUAGAAAGUUUGAAAAAUGAAAGUUUGUUUUUUAGACAGAUAUAUGAAGGUCUGUCACUGGAAUUCGAAAAAAUGCAAAAAAGGUUAUUUCAAAUGAACAAAACAAUAAACGAAGAUGGAAAUGCGAAUGACUUAAAUGCUCGGUUAUUGACAGCCCAGGAAAACUUGAUGACUUUUUCUUCUUUCAUCAACCGAACAAUGGAACAUAUUUUUCAGGAGCAAAACAACGCUACUCAGAACUUAAAGAAUAUUUCUGCGCAAUUGUCAAAAAGAUUGUCUCCUCCAACAAUGAACGCCAUUGCAUUCUACGCGUACAUGUCUCAGAACACUCCGACAAUAUCUGUUCAAUAUCCUUUCAUAUUUGAUGUUGUGAAAACAAACGUUGGGCAUGGCUACCAUUCCGCUACGAGGGCAUUUGUUGUUCCAGAAUCUGGGAUGUAUGUAUUCACUUGGACAAUGCGAGUUUAUGGUGAUCAUUAUCACUCAGCAGAGGCGAUGGUUAAUACAGAUGCACUGGGGGUAAUUUACGUUAAUACAGGUACUGGAGGAAAUCUCGGAUGAACAGGAAUUGUUGUGGCACACGUCAAUGCAGGAGAUGAUAUCUUUGUGCGCACGCAUACAUCAUAUAAUAAAGGUCCUAUUAUUAGCGACGCUGCAGGAAGAUCGUCCUUUGCAGGAUGGAAACUAUUCUGAAUAGAAAUGAUAACUGAUAUCGAAGGAAUACCUAGGAUAAUCCCUGUGUAUCACACCAACGAAAGUCUAAAGUGGCAAUCCUUCUUAAGUGUAAAAAUAAAAACACAACUGGAAACAUUUAUUCGGGGGAUGUCCAAAAGUCCGUGGACAAAUGCUUCAUUUUCUUACUAAAGCCCGCAAUGGCAAGCAUUUA